GUCCUGUGUGGAGGUGCGGUGUGCGUGGGGUGUGUGCGGGAGAUGGAUGUGUGUGUUGGAGCCGGUUGUGCCUUUUGUAUAUGGGGUGUGUGGUGUAUACGGCUGCGUGUGUGUUUGGGUGUGUGUGCUUGUGUAUAAAUAGGUAUGUGUAUGUGGCGACAGUGAGUCACCACCAGGCAUGGGAAGCUCCAUCCGUUGUAUUGUGUCGGGGAUUCCUCUUCAGGAUGGGACCCAGGCCAUCUGCCCUUCAGCGUAAGGAGACCUCAUUCUGCCCUGCACCUGGGACAGACAGCGGGUGUGGCCUGAGUGCCGGGUUCUGCUGUUGGAAAGGCACAGGAGGGCUUCCCCUGCCCCGGGCAGAUGGAGCGGGCCUGCCUGCAGGUGGGUCGUGGUGCUCCAGAGGGAGGAAGGUUGGGCAUACAUGGGCCCUAAGCUAGCCCUUGAGCUUGGGCUCCUGCCCCUAGAAGGACCUGGGUCCCAGACCCCCAGUCUCCUGCAGUCAGCUCCCAGCGUACCCAGGGCAGUGGGACGGGCUCUGUGGUUUGGAGAUCUGCUCUCUGACCUGAGUCAGCUCCUGCUUCAGCUCAUCUCCCUCCAGGAGGAGUGAGGGCUCCUCUGGAAUUUGCCAAAGAAGGAAGGGGCCAGCAGAGCGUGAGUGAGUGGAUCCCUAAAGGAGAGCCGGCAGGCGUGGCUGGGGCCUGGACUCUCAGUGGAAGCAAUGGAAAGUGGACACACUCAUGCAAACACACGUGCCGGACUCACCGUCCCUACCACUUCCUUGGUCCUCCAAGAGCUCCUCUGCUCGCCUAGGUGUGCCCAUACAAGGGACUAGGAUCACUGUAAGUCUAGGGUAAGGUGUGCCAUUCUGGAGCAGGCAGGCCUGCGGGAAAGUCAAUGACCUUAGCAAUGUGCGUGUUGCUUUACGGUUUACAGAACCUUUCAUUUGUGGAACCUCACUUUGUCCCUGUGAGCACCCCACCAGGGAGGUGGAUGCCCACUCAGGAGGCUGGAGAGGCAGGACCAGGACAUAGGGCAGAACCCCUAAGUGGCCCUGGCCUUAAUACCUUGAGAGGCGCUGAAUCCGAGGUGCUCCCCGACUCCUUCCCGUCGGCGCCGGCCGAGCCCCUGCCGCACUUCCUGCAGGAGCCGCAGGACGCCUACAUCGUGAAGAACAAGCCUGUGGAGCUGCGCUGCCGCGCCUUCCCCGCCACGCAGAUCUACUUCAAGUGCAACGGCGAGUGGGUCAGCCAGAAUGACCACGUCACGCAGGAGGGCCUGGACGAGGCCACCGGCCUGCGGGUGCGCGAGGUGCAGAUCCAGGUGUCCCGGCAGCAGGUGGAGGAGCUCUUCGGGCUGGAGGAUUACUGGUGCCAGUGUGUGGCCUGGAGCUCCGCAGGCACCACCAAGAGUCGCCGGGCCUACGUCCGCAUCGCCUACCUGCGCAAGAACUUCGAUCAGGAGCCUCUGGGCAAGGAGGUGCCCCUGGACCAUGAGGUUCUCCUGCAGUGCCGCCCGCCGGAGGGGGUGCCUGUGGCCGAGGUGGAAUGGCUCAAGAACGAGGACGUCAUCGACCCCGCCCAGGACACCAACUUUCUGAUCACCAUCGACCACAACCUCAUCAUCCGCCAGGCCCGCCUGCUGGACACGGCCAACUACACCUGCGUGGCCAAGAACAUCGUGGCCAAGCGCCGGAGCACCACCGCCACGGUCACCGUCUACGUGAAUGGCGGCUGGUCCAGCUGGGCCGAGUGGUCACCCUGCUCCAACCGCUGUGGCCGAGGCUGGCAGAAGCGCACCCGGACCUGCACCAACCCCGCCCCGCUCAACGGAGGUGCCUUCUGCGAGGGCCAGGCCUUCCAGAAGACUGCCUGCACCACCGUGUGCCCAGUCGACGGAGCGUGGACGGAGUGGAGCAAGUGGUCAGCCUGCAGCACCGAGUGUGCCCACUGGCGCAGCCGUGAGUGCAUGGCGCCCCCGCCCCAGAACGGAGGCCGGGACUGCAGCGGGACGCUGCUCGACUCCAAGAACUGCACUGACGGGCUGUGCAUGCAGAAUAAGAAAACUCUAAGUGACCCCAAAAGCCACCUGCUGGAGCCCUCAGGGGACGUGGCGCUGUACGCGGGCCUGGUGGUGGCCGUGUUCGUGGUCGUCGCGGUGCUCAUGGUGGUGGGGGUGGUGGUGUACCGCCGCAGCUGCCGCGACUUCGACACCGACAUCACCGACUCGUCAGCCGCUCUGACUGGAGGUUUCCACCCCGUCAACUUCAAGACCGUACGGCCCAACAACCCGCAGCUCCUGCACCCGUCUGCGCCCCCCGACCUGACCGCCAGCGCCGGCGUCUACCGCGGGCCGGUGUACGCCCUGCAGGACUCGGCCGACAAGAUCCCCAUGACCAACUCGCCCCUGCUGGACCCCCUGCCCAGCCUCAAGGUCAAGGUCUACAGCUCCAGCACCACCAGCUCCGGCCCAGGCCUGCCAGAUGGGACUGACCUGCUGGGCGUCCUGCCGCCGGGCACCUACCCUGGCGAUUUCCCCCGGGACGCCCACUUCCUGCACCUGCGCAGCGCCAGCCUCGGCUCCCAGCAGCUCCUGGGCCUGCCCCGAGACCCGGGGAGCAGCGUCAGCGGCACCUUCGGCUGCCUGGGCGGGAGGCUCAGCAUCCCCGGCACAGGGGUCAGCCUGCUGGUGCCCAAUGGAGCCAUUCCCCAGGGCAAGUUCUACGAGAUGUACCUGCUUAUCAACAAGGCAGAAAACACCCUCCCGCUUUCGGAAGGAACCCAGACAGUAUUGAGCCCCUCGGUGACCUGCGGGCCCACAGGCCUCCUGCUGUGCCGCCCGGUCAUCCUCACUGCGCCUCACUGUGCCGAAGUCAGCGCCGGAGACUGGAUCUUCCAGCUCAAGACCCAGGCCCACCAGGGUCACUGGGAGGAGGUGGUGACUCUGGACGAGGAGACCCUGAACACGCCCUGCUACUGCCAGCUGGAGGCCAGGUCCUGCCACAUCCUGCUGGACCAGCUGGGCACCUACGUGCUCACGGGCGAGUCCUAUUCCCGCUCGGCCGUCAAGCGGCUGCAGCUGGCCGUGUUCGCCCCCGCCCUCUGCACCUCCCUGGAGUACAGCCUGCGUGUCUACUGCCUGGAGGACACGCCCGUGGCACUGAAGGAGGUGCUGGAGCUGGAGCGCACUCUGGGCGGCUACCUGGUGGAGGAGCCCAAACCCCUGCUCUUUAAGGACAGUUACCACAACCUGCGCCUCUCCCUCCACGACAUCCCGCAUGCCCACUGGAGGAGCAAGCUGCUGGCCAAGUACCAGGAGAUCCCCUUCUAUCACAUUUGGAGUGGCAGCCAGAAGGCCCUGCACUGCACUUUCACCCUGGAGAGGCACAGCCUGGCCUCCACGGAGCUCACCUGCAAGAUCUGCGUGCGGCAGGUGGAAGGGGAGGGCCAGAUCUUCCAGCUGCACACGGCACUGGCGGAGACGCCUGCGGGCUCCCUGGAUGCUCUCUGCUCCGCCCCUGGCAGCACGGCCACCACUCAGCUGGGACCCUAUGCCUUCAAGAUCCCGCUGUCCAUCCGCCAGAAGAUAUGCAACAGCCUCGACGCCCCCAACUCACGGGGCAACGACUGGCGGAUGCUGGCGCAGAAGCUCUCCGUGGACAGGUACCUGAAUUACUUUGCCACCAAAGCGAGCCCCACGGGCGUGAUCCUGGACCUCUGGGAAGCGCUGCAGCAGGACGACGGGGACCUCAACAGCCUGGCCAGUGCCUUGGAGGAGAUGGGCAAGAGCGAAAUGCUGGUGGCAGUGGCCACCGAUGGGGACUGCUGAGCCGCCUGGCACUGCAGGCUGGCAGGGACUGGCAGGAGGGAGGUGGGGGCAGGGAGGCCUGGGGCAGCCUCCUGGUGGGGACGUUCAGCCUCUGCUGCCCCUCAGCUCAAAGCUAGAGGGUGCCCUCCUCCUCCUCCCCUCCUCCCUCCCUACCCCAAACCCCAGACCACGACCAGCCUUAGAAAAUCCACAUGCUCUGUUGUUAGAGGGCUCAGUGUUCCUUCUCCCUCCCCUGCUGUGUCUCUCAGCCCCAGACCUCCGUGUGGGAGCUCGGAUAGGGCUGGGGCCUCUGGAGGCAGUUGGGGGACAAGAAGGUGGCCCUCCCCCUACCCUCACCCGCCCCGAGCCCCGCGACUUCUGGGUUCCGUUGGUUUUAGCGGCGUUCUUCAUCUUCCUCCUCCCUGGCUGACCCCCCUCCUCCUAAGCCCCGGCUGCUCUCACACCCUUUUCCUCUCUGAAGAGUCGAGUACAGUUCAGACAGACAGACUGCUUUCUCCCACCCAAAAGCAAAAAGGAAAAGGAAAGCAAGCAAGCUUCAGACGGCUAGUAAGGCUCACAGAAGAAGAAAAACUCCAAAACCACAAGGGAAAAGAAAAACCCAGUUUCUUAGGAAACGCAAAUGAUUUAUUAUCCAGAUAUUUGGAUGAGUCCUUUUUAAGAAAAAAAAAAAAAAGAAAAUGAAAAACAACACACAAAAAAAUAGAAAACUCUUUUCUUGAGUGUGGAUGAGAGUGGGCGUGGUCACGGUUCUGGCCAGGAGUGUGUGUGUGUGUGUGUGUGUGUGUGUGUGCAUGUGUGUGUGUGUCAGGUAGAGAGAGACUGAACAGGGACAACUUUGCUGCUAAUGAAUCCAUCUGGGACUAAAUUCUAACAAGGCCUCAGUUUCCCCAGUUGUGCAAGGGGCAGGUCAGACAGGGUCUUAGCCAUGGUACCAAGUUUCCCUGUAAAAUCUUAGGCAGAGGCUGCAUCUAUAAAGUCGGGGAACCCCGAGGGCUGGAGUGGGUGGGGUCCUCCCUCCCACAGCCCAGGCUCACACCCCUCAGGCUCCUCGGGGCCCCUGGGUGUGGACAGUGAGGGAAGGUCAGUCCUGCUGGGAGCCGGGAGAGUGUUCUGGCCUGGUCUCGGUCUGCUGGCUCCUGGAAAGGAGAUGUGGCCCAGAAGUAGAACUCAAGCAGAGAGAUGGAGUGGGGGAGGGGAGUCCUCCGUGGGUACCUCUCUCCUGGGGGGGGUGUCCAGCCAGGGCAUCCCCCUCCCCACCCAGCCCAGCGGCCUCUAGAUCAGGCGGCCUGGAGCAGGUUGGCACUCUCUUGAUGCCCAGGAAUCCAGAAUCUGCCCUUCCCCCUUCUGGGAAGCAGAGGGAUGGGUAAGAGGGCCUCCUUGCUGCAGAAGCCUGAGCCUCCCAGCCUCGGGGUGGCUUCAGGAGGGUGUUAGCACCAGGCUGGGAGGCCCGCCUGGAAGAGGUGGUGGAAAGUGAUCUUCCCGUCUCUCAUCUCCGCCGGCGCCACCUUCAGCCCGCUUCUCCCCACCCUCUGGGGCUGGGAGGUCUGAAAGUAACCUUUAUGAACGGGCAGGGUUGCCAGGGUGGAGGGGCUGUACACGCCACCCCACCCAGCCUGUUCCAGGGGCCCUGAGUGGGGAGGGAGGAGUCCCUGGCCCUGUCCUGCUGGCUGGGACCAGGACCUUGCAGCUGGCACUGAGGUCUUGUCCAAAGACACUCUCUCUUAGCACUCGAGGCAAGGCAGGUGCCAGCUACCCCCAGCAGUUCUGGGCACUAACCCCGGGGCUUGCCCCAGCUGGCCCCAGAGCAGCCACUGGGACCAGCUUGAGCACGCCCCGGCCUUUGCAAGUCUGGUCUCCUGAGAGAAGGGCAGGUUCUAGGCCAGAGUCCCAGCCAGUGUCCCCAGCCUGGCUCACCUGCCAUACACUUGGUGGCUCACAGAGCUUCUCUCCACCCACCAGCCCCCUGGGGUGGGGUUGGCUGUGAGCAGACAAGGACCCGCCCAGAGAUUCGAAAGGAUUCCUUCUGCUAGGGCUGCUGACGGGGCCAGGCCUGCACGAGGCUCAGACCGAGGCUGUUGGCCCAUCAUGCCCGUGUGGACGCUGCCUCAGCCCCACCGGUCACUGUUAGCCCAAGCAUGUGUGUGGCCUCUGUCACGUGGCUUUGAGGGCAGCCUGGCCAGGCUGGCCCACACAUGCACUGUGACGGGCCUUCCUGGUGCCAUUCCUAUCACAGGCUCUUAAACGCCCACAGGUGGCCUGGGAGUCCAAAGACCAGGAGUGAAGUCCCCGCUCAGCCAAUAUGCUGCUGUGUGACCUCAGGCAUAUCGCUGCCUUCUCUGGGCUUCAGUGUCCUUUUUAUACCUAGAAGGCUGCUCUCCAAGGCCCUUCGGGUUCUGACACACUUUCUAGGCUUCGGAAGGGAGCCCUAGAGGGGAGAAGUUGACCAUGGUGUGACCUGCCUCUCCUCCCUGUCCUUGCCCUCCCCUCCCACCCACCCACAGAAGCCUGCUUGCUCAGCCCGGGGUGGGGAGACAGGAGCUCAGGACAGGAGGCCCGGCCAGCCGCCCAGGUGCGGUUUCCAAUCUGACUUCUAGAAAUCGUGCGCUAAUUGGUCCUGGAACCAAUUAGCCGGAGGCUCCUGGGAAGGGUGAAACUGCUCGGCUGUAUAAGAAAGCCCAGAGGGGCUGUGCUGACCCCACCAAUCUGCCCAGGCUGCCCUGACUGUCCCCGCACCGCCUGCCCGGCGUCCAGACUGGAGAGCCGCAGCCAGCAGGGCCUCGCACGGCAUUUCCGUCUCUCUCACCCUGGUGUGUGUGUGCGUGUGUGUGUGUGUGUGCGCGUGCCUGUGCUUUUCUCCACGGGCACAUCAGGGUGCCCCUCCAGGAACAUGUGCACGCGUCCCCACCUGCGUGUGGGUGCGUGUACCCGCCUCUGCGUCCCGGGCCUGGACAUGCGGAGGUUGGCGUGCCUGUCCCCUGCCGCUGAGUCCACAGGGUCAGUCAGUGUGUCUUCUACGUGCCUCUCCCUCUGCCUUCUCCCACGGCGUCCCGGCCCCAGGGCUCGGGCACGGGUCCUCCCUGGGUGCGGGGGACCCUCCUCAUCUGGCCUGUGCGGGCCCUCUGGUCCCCUUCCCCUAGCUCCCAGGCAGCUGAGCUGCGGCCCUUAGCAGGCCUUCUGAAGGGAGGCGACCAGGAGCUCGGUGCAGGGAGCGGCUCUCCUGGGGGCAAAGGGCUGGACCCCUGCCUGGGCCACGGACACGGCUCCGUGCCCAGGGGGGUGCAGGACCCCAGGGAGGGUCCCCGGUCCCACCUCUGUUUAUUCUGUAAACUACAACCUGUACAUAGCCUUUAGCAUUCCUAUUGUAACAAAAUUAAUUUUUAUGAAAUAAAUUAUAUUUCCUAGUCUAAGAAAAUCCAGGUU